CGGGAACGCGCGUCCUGGAUGUGUCGUUCAGUGCGGAAAGGAGCUUCGGGGAGCGGGCUGACACCCGGGGGACACUGAGGAGCCGAGGAGACGGGGUGCAAACCCUGGGAAAAAAAAGUGCUAUUCAGAAUUGGGAAAACCAAAUACAAUCUGGUGUGUGCCUAGAGGAUUGUGCUCCUUGACUUUGAAGAGGUUCAGCCUGGCCUACAACAUCAUCUGAAGAACCUUCAAUUAAAAGCAUCAAGAGGAAGGCAAUGUGGCCAUUGGGAUAAACACAUGUGCCGACCUUACCGUGCUGCUCAAGGGAUAAGUGGAUACAAGCUGUUCCAAUAAAUGUUAUUACUGACAGCAAAACACACCUUGCAGUUCUGAUGAUCGUUGUUGGAAAUACUGCAACACAUUCUCGUGCACAUUACAAUAAUAAGGUCACAUCAAACUGUAUGUGUGAACUGGAAUGUUGCCAUGGACAGAACUCACUGCCUAGAAGAUCAGAACAGUCCCCUCUGCAAAGUCCAAGGACAAGACUAUCAACACGAUGGCCAGAGAUUCACAUCCAACUAUCCUUACCGAUGUAAUCUGGCAGACUUCAAAAUAGAUAAGAAGAUAGGACGGGGGCAGUUCAGUGAAGUGUACAGAGCCAGCUGCCAUCUGGACAGGAAGCCUGUGGCUCUGAAAAAAGUCCAGAUAUUUGAAAUGAUGGAUGCCAAAGCCAGGCAAGACUGCAUUAAAGAAAUUGACCUCCUAAAGCAAUUGAACCACCCGAACGUUAUCAAGUAUCUGGACUCAUUCAUUGAAAACAAUGAGUUGAACAUCGUUUUGGAAUUGGCAGAUGCUGGAGAUCUUUCUCAAAUGAUAAAAUAUUUUAAGAAACAGAAGAGAUUAAUACCGGAGAGGACAGUGUGGAAGUACUUUGUGCAGCUGUGCAGCGCUGUGGAACAUAUGCAUUCCCGCCGGAUCAUGCACAGAGAUAUAAAGCCUGCUAAUGUUUUUAUCACGGCCACUGGAGUUGUGAAACUAGGAGACCUUGGGCUUGGUCGAUUCUUCAGCUCCAAAACCACCGCGGCACAUUCCUUGGUGGGAACACCUUAUUACAUGUCCCCAGAGAGAAUACAUGAAAAUGGCUACAAUUUCAAGUCCGAUAUUUGGUCCUUGGGGUGCCUCUUAUAUGAAAUGGCAGCGCUUCAGAGUCCUUUCUACGGCGACAAAAUGAACCUGUUUUCUCUGUGUCAGAAGAUAGAACAGUGUGAAUACCCUCCCCUGCCCACAGAACACUACUCGGAUAAAUUACGGGAACUGGUCGGCAUGUGCAUUUACCCAGAUCCAGACCAAAGGCCAGAUAUUGGUUACGUUCAUCAGAUAGCAAAACAGAUGCAUGUGUGGACUUCAAGCACAUGAAACCAUGUCAAGGAAGAUGCCAUACACCUUAAUUAUAAAAACUUCUUGCAAGAAGCGGAGGCCCCAGAAGAUCCAGCAAGAGCAGUCUCUUCAGUGGUGUGGCCAGCCCUGGCUAUAAAGGAUUUUGUAGGCCAGGACUCAGGUGACAAUUCUGGGAGAAAAAACAAAAACUCAUAUAUAAUGGAUUGUAGAAGUAAUAUUGCAAACAUAGAACCUCUCGAGAGUUUUGUGUGAUUUAGGUUAGGAUGAACGAGGUACCUUCCAGGAGUACCCAAAUAUAAGUUAGAAUGUGAACGUUAACAUAAUUCCUCCAGUGAACUUGUUCUAGUGUAUAGAGACUUUUUUUUUUUAGGUUGUGUAGUUUCAUGAACCCAUUUGCUGUUGUUCACUCCCAGCAUCUGGACGUAUAAGUGUAUCAAUUAUAUAUAUCUAUUUUUUGCAAAUUAUUAGUUAUUAAUCCUUAAUUCUAAUGUGUUACGUUUUUUUCUUCUUUGGGGGGCUUGAAUAAGAAAUGUUACCCAAGAACUGCGCCAGUGGCCUUCUAUUGGAUAUGGCCCCCUAUGUUAAGAGGUCACUGUAGCUUUGCAUCUAACUUUUUAUUACAAAGACAAGGUUUGCCAAAUGUCACCAUAGAAGCAGUGUUAACCCUGUAGUGGACAAUCCAGAAAAAUAAGGAAAACAAGUCAAGAAUUGUUUAACUGACUGGAUCACUAAGCAAUGUGAAUUCUGAGAAAGUUCAACAUAUUGAAGGAAUUCCUCAAGCUACCGGUGAACUGUAACCCCCAGCAGGCUAUGAGAAAAAAAAGAGAAUCACAGAAUCCUAUACAGGCUUGUAAAGACUUGCUGUUACAGUAUCUGCUGCAAUGUUUAUAACAUAUUGCUUAUUCAAGCUGUUAUUGUAAGGCUGGAAAAACAAGACUUUGCUAAUAAACCAA